CGAGUCCCGAUCCACUAAGUCCAAGCCGCUGUUCGCCCGGCCACGCCGGGGGUCGCGCCGGGGCGACUCCGGUCGAGAUCAAAAUCGAGAAGGAAAGAGAGAACGCGGGGGGGGCCGAGGCCUGGGCGACGAGGGCACCCGGGCCCAGGCCGCCGCCGAGGACAGCCAGGCCGUCGAGCACAGCCAGGUUGGAGAGGACUGCGGCAACGAGCGCGAGGAGAGCGAGGUCAAGAACAGCGAGCCCGAGGGCAAGCCCGAGGACGCCCAGGCCCAGAUCCUCUUCGAGGGCGCCCAAGCCCAGGUCUCCGUCGAGGGCGGCGAGCCCGAGGACAAGGCCGAGCGCGGCGAACUCCAGGACAAGCCGCCCGCCGAGCAGCUCGGGAACAGCGACCCCGAGCUAUUCGGGAACGCGCGCUCCGAGCUGCUCGAGGGGCGCCGGGUCGAGAACCGCCGGUUUGAGAGCGGCCAGGUCCAGAACAGCCAGCUCGAGGAGAUGGGCGUCGAGAUCGGCCGGCUCGAGGACGCCCAGCCUGACGUCGUCGAGUCCGUGCUCCAGCUCGCCCAGCACCAGCUCGCGGAGAUCGACGGCGCCAGCGAGCCAGCGUCGGGACGCGCUGGUGCACGAUCCUGGCGAGGGCACACCGAGUCCACCUACGAUCUCUGCCGGCUGAGCGGCGUGACGAAGGUAGGCAUCCUGGCGGAGAUGAUGCACGACGACGGUACCAUGUACCGCCGGGACGAUUCGUUGGAGUUUUCGCGAAAGCAUGGGAUCCCCAUCAUUACCGUCCCGCAGCUGGCCGCCCACAUCGCGGCGCCAGCCACCGCCUCCAAGGACCACUCCCUCGCCACGAGGGAGGCGGCAGCUGCCGAGGCUGCCGAGGCGGCGGCACUGGAGGUGGCCGAGGCGACCCCGCUGGGCCCCGUCCCGAGCUCGUCCUCGAGGGCCGGGAGCCCUGGCCGCUCCUCGGCUCCGCGCGCGAAGCUGUGAGGCCGACUUUCAAGCGUCCUUAUCCCCGCCGGGCCAGAGCAGGCAGCUUGCGCACUCAUGCAGAAUUUUUGUUGAAUCGCUGUCUGCCCUGCCUCAACAGCCCUGGUCAGAGUUUGGGAAACCGUCUUAUCCGAACGUCAGUCUUGUCUUGCCUUCCCAUCAUGCCCAUUGUAUAGAGAUGUGUAUUCCGCCAGCGAACGCGUAGCGGGCCAUCGCGUCUUCCACCAGUCGUUCGGGUGGAGCCCGGACAGCGAUACAUGCGCGCCCGCAGUGUCAGGCUGCGCGCGCAGCAGCGUUGCGGCCGUCAGCGCGUUCCCAGAAUUACGGCCACGAAAAUGACGCUCAUCUUCAUUGGUGGGCGGGAAACGUAGCUACAUCCAUGGCUGCGGGAUCUUGAAUCCGGGGCCGCGACCCUAUGGG